AUGAGCGUAACAACGACGGAAUGUCUCUCUUCCGCCAACGACCUUCUGGCUGCGCAUAGCGCCCUCGUCUCCCGUAUACGCCAAACCCAACAGACAUACCGACGUCACCUGAAAGCUCUCCCUUCCCCACCAACGGAGCUCCUCAAGCUCCCCACCAUCCCAUCACCCCCACGAUCACCAUCUCCGUCACCACCCUCGUCUCCCCUAAUCUCGUCUCCGACAAGGCCCCAACGACCGGAUCUGCCGCCUGCGAAACGCGCGCGCGUUGCGCGGUACCACAACUAUGUCCCGGAAGAGGAGACAAUCCGGAACGACUACUCUCAAAGAUAUGUUGACGGCGGGGAGUGGCCACAGAACUGGGUGCUGGGUGCAGAUCCGGAGCAUCGUUUUGAAGAGUACCCCAAGCAGCAGAGAUUACUCGCUUUGAAAAAGGCGCAGGUCGCUGCUCAUACCAUCCCGCCGACAUUCCUCCCCUACUCCCAGCUGUCGUCGCUGCAAGGCGCCAAGUUCGACGUCAUCCUCAUCGACCCCCCGUUCUCGUCGUCGUUCUCGUGGGACACUCUACAAGACCUCCCAAUACCUGCCCUCUCUGCAGACCCUUCUUUCGUGUUGAUGUGGGUGGGCAGCGGGUCGGGAGAAGGGUUGGAGCGCGGACGCGAAGUCAUGGCCAAGUGGGGCUUCCGGAGGUGCGAGGACAUCGUCUGGGUGAAGACGAAUAAGACAAGUAACGAGGGACCUGGGAUGGAUCCACCCACGACUUCGCUUCUCACACGGACGAAGCAACACUGUCUCAUGGGCAUCCGUGGUACCGUUCGGCGAUCCACAGACAGCUGGUUUGUCCACUGCAACGUCGACACCGACGUCCUCAUCUGGGAAGGCGACCCGUCCGACCCAACCCUCAAGCCCCCAGAGAUGUACACGCUCAUCGAGAACUUUUGCCUCGGCCUCCGCCGCCUCGAGAUCUUUGGCCGCGCGCGAACCGCCCGCCGCGGCUGGGUCACCGCGCUCUCUGAGGGUGAGGAAGACCGGAUCGAGGAGGGCAUGUCCCUCGGCGACGACGACGGCGCGCAGGACGGCGCGAUGCGCUGGGACAAGGACCGCUGGGAAGCGCGCAUCAAGGAGCUCGUCGAGGGCCCCAAGCUCGUCGUGCCCAUCACCCCCGACAUCGACGCCCUCCGGCCAAAGUCCCCCGUGCGCGGCGGGUCCGCGAACCAGAGCUCGGGCAUGAACCCGCCCAUGGGCGGCGGCUCGCCUAUGCAGGCCGCCGCGAACAUGGGCCCGUCCGGCCCGCGUGGGGGCAUGGGCCCGCGAGGGGGCGGGAUGAUGGGUCCCCCGAUGGUGCCCAUGAACGGCAUGGCGGUCGGGCACGGGCCGGACAUGGGUAUGGGCGGGAUGGGCCCCGGCAUGAUGGGCUGGGGUCCGGACAUGGGCAUGCACGGGCUCGGGAUCACCGUCGGCGGGAUGAACAUGCCCACGAUGGGCUUCGACGGGGGGAUGGGGAUGGGCUUCAUGGGCGGCGGGGAGAACCAGUUCAUGGACGGGAGUGGGGGAGGAAUGUGGGACGGGAGCAUGGGGGAGGGCAUGAUGCCCAUGAACGGUAUGAACGGGAUGAACGGGAUGAACGGGAUGAACGGUGGGAUGGGGAGCCAGCUGGGCUCGAUCCGCAUGGGCAUGAACAGCGCGAUGGGCCCGAACAUGAUGCACGGGAUGGGCAUGGGACAGGGCAUGGGACAGUGGAAUGGAGACGCUUUCGACGGCGGAUACAACGGAUGA